CGCUGCGUCAGCGAUGCCGACCGAAGCGAAGACAGGGAAGCGUUACGAGAAGGUCGGCCAGAGUGAAUCUGAGUCCGACUGGUCUCGUGAUGAGAAGAAGGAAUACUCCCAGGAUGAAGGAGAGACCGAUGUUGAGCUCUCUCAGCAAGAGCAGGAAGAUGAGCAACCUAAGCAGAUUACACCUCUUAGGUUGCUGCGCUUCGGCAAACCUGAGCUCCCUUUGGUCAUUUCCGCCACCUUCCUUUCGGCAAUUUGUGCCUUCCUUAACAUGUCUCAGAACUUCUUCGUCGGGUGGCUUGUUGACAUCGUUCGUUUCUCCGACUUGUCGAUGCGUCAAGACCAGCUUAACUGGAUCACUUUCGUGCUCUUGGCCAUCUACAUUGCCGAUGCAUUGUUGGCUCUCUUUUCGGGGGUCCUGUACACGAUUGCAGCUUCCCGUUGCUCUUGCCGCCUGAGGUCUUUGGUUUUGAGAAACAUGCUUCGCCAGGAUGUGGCUUUCUUCGACACUGUCCGCAUUGGAGAGCUCCUCAAUCGUCUUUCGACCGAUACGGAAGUUAUCCAGUCUGUUGUUACUUCGAACUUGGUUGGCUGGUUCAUUCCCUCCGUCCAAGUUAUUAUUGGAUUCGUCAUCUGCUUCUGGUAUUCUUGGCAGUUGACUUUGGUUAUUCUGUCGGUCACCCCAGUGAUCUUGAUUGUGAUGUUCCUUCAGGGAACUUGCAUGAAAGUUCUCACUGAGCAGGAGCUUUCGGCUCUUGCCGGUGCUGGUUCCAAGGCUGCUGAAGUGCUUGACAACAUCCGUACUGUGAGGUCGUUCGUUACUGAGGAGGCGGAGAUUCAGAACUACUCUGACAAGAUCAAUGUGUCUUACUUCGUUGCCAAGAAGCGUGCAUGGAUCUCUGGUGGUUUGGGAGCAAUCUCUUCGAUGGCUUCUGAUGCAUGCAUCUUGCUUGCUCUUUGGUAUGGUGGUCAGAUGAUUUUCGCUGGUGUGAUCACUACUGGCGAUUUGAUCUCUUACAUGCUCUUCGCUCUUCAGACUGUGUUCGCUUUCCAGUCUCUUUUGUCGAUUUUCCCACAGUUCAUGGAAGCUAUUGGUGCUUCAGUGCGUGUGUUUGAGCUGCUCGACCGUGUUCCACGUGUGAAUUACGAUGGUGGUAUCAUCCCUCCCCAUGGCAUUGAGGGUCGUGUGACCUUUGACAACGUCCAUUUCCAUUAUCCCUCCCGUCCUGAUGCGGAGGUUCUUGAUGGAGUCAGCUGCGAUGUCGUUCCUGGCAAGACCAUGGCUAUUGUCGGACCUUCAGGAUCAGGAAAAUCGACUGUCAUCUCCCUUGUUUCGCGCUUCUAUGAUGUUGAGAAGGGUCGCGUGCUUGUGGAUGGAGUUGACAUCCGCACAUACGAUCCCCAGUGGCUGAGAAUGCAGAUUGGUCUCGUUUCUCAGGAACCGGUUCUGUUUGCUAUGUCCAUUGAGGAGAACAUCAUGUAUGGAAGUGAGGGAGCAACCAUGGCGAACGUACAGAGGGCUGCCAAGAUGGCGAAUGCGCAUGACUUCAUCAUGCGUAUUCCUGAUGCGUACAAGUCUCAGGUGGGAGAGCGUGGUGUUAUGCUUUCAGGAGGCCAGAGGCAGAGAAUUGCCAUUGCAAGGGCUGUUCUCAAGGAUCCCAAGAUUCUUCUUCUCGAUGAGGCCACCUCUGCUCUCGAUUCUGAGAACGAGAAGCUUGUGCAGGAGGCUUUGGACAGACUUAUGGUUGGCCGUACAUCCAUCGUGAUUGCACAUCGCUUGUCUACCAUCGUCGAUUCCGAUCAGAUCGUCGUUCUUCAGAAUGGCCGCAUUGUCGAGCGUGGCACCCACGACGAGCUCAUUCGCAUGAAUGGUGUGUACAAGCGUCUCGGACGCCGCCAGUUCGGUCUCAAGAGUGGCAAGGGAGAUGAGCCAACCUCCAAGAUUGCCAAGGAGGAUGCUGCGGCACAAGACAUGAGCUCUGCUGUCGAGCUGAUCCGCCGAACACUCCAGCAGCGCCGCAGGAACAACAACGUGCAGCACAUGGCUGCCCGUGUCCAGCAGAUGCGCACUGAGCCUGAGCGCCUCAAGGUCUUGGUCCGAGAUCUGCAGACCAUGGAGACCAAGUUCCAAGAAUGUGUUGACAAGAUUAAGGUUCUUGCUAAGGGCGGAUAAAUCUGCCGGAACUGAAAAUUGCCAGUCAACUCAUUCAAUUUGCUCAUUGGGGGGUUGGCGAGCACGGUGGCAUGCUGCUUUGCUGGGGUGAACAAGCUGAUAUCAAGCUGCUAAAGAUCGAAAAUCAUAUCUUCAGAUUCUUUUUGGUUAAUGGUUUGAUCUCUAUGGAUGUUGAGAUUUUCUUGCCAAGCGUAUUAUGCUAGGGGAUUUCAGAUCUUGAGAUGUUAUGUGUAGGACAGUUCGUGUAGAUUUCGUUCAUGAAUAAAUCAAUGGAACAACU